UUGCCCAUUUAAAAUAAGGUUGCAAUUGAAGGAAAAUUGUGCGAGUCUCUUUUCGCAAGUAAAGCGGAAGGAAAUGAUGUUGAAAAGCAUGUUGAUUUCCCCUCGAAAAAAGGUCAUCCACGACGAGAGUUGACGUGCUAAUUGCUGGCCAAUUUUUUCGUCAACUGCAGACAUGUUGACAGGGGUGUGCAUGUGCACCUUUUAAUUAGUGUUUUAAUCAUUGCUUGAUCGCGUCCCUUCUCUAAAACGGAAUGAAACGGAAUGAAUGUGUAUGAAUGAAUAUAAGCAACUAUGGAUGUAGGCAAUGACACUCUAGGUACUCCUCGGCUUGAAUGGUGCACGGACCCAUGUCGACGAUAUUCACCUGAGAAUGAUCGACACUACGGUUGAUCGCUUCGUGGCUUAGCCAUGAUCAAGGGCAGCCCGAACUGUCGGUGGGUAUGGGAUCUGUUGGGGUUCGUAACUGUUUUCUUCUGGAGCCAGAUCCCGAUAGCGGACGGUGCGAUGACCCGCAAACAGCUGAUCAACUCGAUGGAUAUGAUGCGUUCGGCUUGUGCUCCCAAGUUUAAAGUUUCUACCGAAAUGCUGGACAACCUGCGCAACGGUAUAUUUGCCGAGGAUCGUGAACUUAAGUGCUACACGAUGUGUAUCGCUCAGAUGGCCGGAACGAUGAGCAAAAAAGGUGAAAUUAAUAUACAGAAAACGCUCGCCCAGCUGGACGCGAUGCUACCGCCGGACAUGAAGGAAAAAGCAAAGGAAGCGGUCCACGCAUGUCGCGAUGCACAGGGUCGAUACAAGGAUUCUUGCGACAAAACGUUUUACUCGACCAAAUGUCUGGCCGAGUACGAUCGUGAAGUGUUUUUGUUCCCUUAGCGUAAGAACAAUCGUAAAACAGUCUUCCGUUGGGUUUGGGGACGAUCAACAUCUUUCCAGAAAGGGGAAGACCUCGCGAUCGCGAUCAUCAUUAUGCUUGCGGGUUGAAGCGUUUGAUCGUCUUAUUGAUGCGAUCUAACACCGGGAUCGCAGAGGAAUCAGCAGGCAGCAGCAGCAGCAGCAGCAACAAGAGCAGCAUGAACAGCUUACGGCAGCAAAUGCAACAUCACACCAUUCCCCACAGCACAGAGCGGAAAGCAGCUUAGAUAGUUUCACACAAAACCCUACCCGAUGGUGAUGGAUUCUACCAAAGCAUGGGAAAAGAAAUAAACGAAAGAGCGUGUGUGUGCGUGCAUGCGUGCGUCUAACGAAACAAUUCAAACCCGCAUCGGAGGAAAGCAAACUACAACAAAAAAAACUCCCUACCCCGUGUUCAAAGCGGACAAGAAAUUAUGCUGCUCAAAGAUGAGAUCUUCCUGCUCUAUGCAUGGUUCACUGUUCGCCUUCAUCUCGCGUGCUCAUUGAACCGUGAAAUUGGUUUCAUUCUCCCCAGAGUUCAAGCGCAGGGGUCAACGCGUUAAUUGAUGUUGGCGCAUGCGCGGUUGCCUUUCACCCGCCCGCAUUUUAUGCUGGUUGCGCACGGUGGCGGCGCCUGGUACGCAUUGCUCGUAUAGCCGGUUCGGACCGGUUGAUACCUCUCGGUACGCAUGAUGCCUGGUUAGUUGAUCCGAAGCGGGGUCGAAACCGAUCCGAUGGCGGAUCGUCUCCGAUCGUGCUGCUGCGAGCGCAACGGCCUUGAUCCGCAGGGAGGAUCGACUUCGGGUGGGUUAUUGGUUGGCUUUGCAAAAUUGUGGAACAUGAUGAUGAUCCACCGGUGGGUUCGUAACCCAAACUUAUUCUCAUCUAUUAAGAGGCGUCGUCGAUUCGAAAAGCCUCCAUCGUCCAAGAAACCGUGUUUGCCGACCAACGAACUGGGACUACCAAAAAAACCCUCGUAAGCUAUGAGGCCGAAUCUACCAAGGCGACCAGUGAGGCGUUUUUCACUCAAGCCUCACUUACCGAAGUCGACGAGUCGUCAUUAUCAAUGUCGAAGAUCUCGUAAUCGGGUAGGCUUCGUUGUCGUUGUAACUUGAUCCGAGAUUCCUCGAUUGCCAAGAGAUAUUGCCUAAUAAGAGCCAAAGAGGGCUUAUCGACCAAGAGAUUUGCACUACUGCAUACCAAGAAUAGCCGAAGAGACCUAAAGAAUCUCGAAGGCAAAGAGGUUCCAAAGAUACUGACAUCUUUCAAGGGAUUUUGUUGUGCAAGUGGCCUUCACCUUCGAAAUACUUCUCGCCACUCUUGCUCCAAAUCAAUUAAUAACGAUAAUGGAUAGUUGCCUACAUCACUAGGAAGCAUGGCGAUGCACAGCACUACUUGCUUCAAAGAGUAGUAACUGCUAAACGUGUCCUACUUACUGGUAACACAAACUUACAUAUUGUGCGUUCAAAAUCUUCAGCACAGCUCCAAUAACUGACCCCAAAAUGUAUUGAUUACACUUUGAAUACGGAUUUGCUACUCCAUUCAAUUUCCUUCCCAACAAUAAAACCGAAAGUGAUUCAUAACAAAUCAUGCGAAACGAAUGGGACGAUGACGACCCUCCUCCAGCCGUUUAAUAUUGAACUUGACGCAGUUCGACCAUCGCGUUGUCAUAGUAACGCGUAUGGUUAAACAUACGCCAUACAUUUUUAUUUUGCAUUUCCAGAAAAGCGGCAGCAGUAGACACAGCAGGUGCACUUC